GCAUGGAGAUUAAUAAUUGAUUAGUUGGCAGUCGGGGGUCUAGUAAAAGGGGACUGCAACUUUUGGCUGUCAUCUUUUCCUUGGGGACCUGCAGUGACAGAAAUUGCUGCAGGACUCCCGGGUGGAGCAAUGAAGCUGGUCUUGUUUCUCCUGCUCGCUGUAGCGCUGGGCCGUGCUUUAGAAAGAGGUCGAGAUUUUGAAAGGGAUAAAGUCUGCAAGGAGCUCACCAACUUGGGAAAGGAUGAAUUCAGAACUCUGUCACUAAUCCUCUACAGCAGGAAGUUUUCCAGGGGCACCUUUGAGCAGGUCAGCCAGCUCGUGCAGGAAGUUGUUGCCUUGACAGAGGAGUGCUGUGCGGAGGGAGCUGCCCCCGACUGCUAUGACAGCAGGACCGCGGCCUUGUCGGCCAAGUCCUGCGAGAGUGACUCCCCCUUCCCGGUGCACGAGGGGACGCCCGCGUGCUGUGCCGCCGAGGGCCUGGAGCGCAAGCUCUGCAUGGCUGCGCUGAGCCACCAGCCGCAAGAGUUCCCCACCUACGUGGAGCCCACGAACGAGGAAAUCUGCGAGGCGUUCAAGAAAGAUCCGAGGAGAUUUGCUGACCAAUUUGUGUAUGAAUACUCCAGUAAUUAUGGCCAAGUCCCACUGCUACUUUUAGUUAGUUACACAAAGAGUUAUCUUUCAAUGGUCGGGUCCUGCUGCACCUCCCCAAAUCCAACCGUGUGCUUUUUGAAAGAGAGACUACAAAUUAGACACCUAUCACUCCUGACCACUAUGUCAAAUCGAGUCUGUUCGCAGUAUGCUGUCAAUGGAAAGGAGAAAUCACAGAUCAGCCAUCUCAUAAAAUUAGCCCAAAAAGCGCCUACUGCUGAUUUGAAGGAUGUCUUGUCCCUAGCUGAAGAUAUCACUACCAUCCUCUCCAAAUGCUGUGAGUCUACCUCCGAGGACUGCAUGGCCAAAGAGCUGCCUGAAUACACAGUAAGAGUCUGCGACAACUUAUCCAAGAAGAAUUCUAAGUUUGAAGAAUGUUGUCGAGAAGAAACGCCCUUGGGCAUUUUUACAUGUGUGUACUUCAUGCCAGCUGCCCCGCAAGUAAAGCUUCAAGCCGUUGAGCUGCCCACAAAUACCGAAGUGUGCGGGCAAAAGAGCACCAAAGCCUUGGACCAGUACACGUUUGAACUCAGUAGAAGGACUCCUAUUCCAGAAGUAUUCCUUAGCAAAAUCCUGGAGCCAACCCUGAAGAGUCUUAAUGAAUGCUGUGACUCUGAGGACUCUGCCUCCUGCUUUACUGACAAGGGUUCUCAACUGAAGAAAGAAUUAUCUUCUUUCAUUGAGAAGGGACAAGAAUUAUGUGCGGAUUAUUCAGAAAACACGUUUACUGAGUACAAGAAAAAGUUGACAGAGAGACUGAGAACGAAGCUGCCUGGUGCCACCCCCACUGAGCUGGCGGGCCAGGUGGAGAGACACUCAGACUUCGCCUCCAAGUGCUGCUCCAUAAACUCACCGCCUCGCUACUGUGACGCACAGAUUGAUGCUGAAAUGAAAGCUAGACUGCAGUCAUAAUGCAUAAGUAUUAUCCUAGACCUCGUGCUGAAACAGCCAUGGAAUGAGCUCUGACGGUCAGACUACGGGAUCCCUGGGAGACGCCCUAUCUUUUCUCUUACAUUGUCUUCAUGGAAUCAUCAUCAUAACGAUUUGCGAUGAGAAUCAGUUGAAUUAUAAUGCAAACAAUAAAUACAAUGGAUAAUGAUGGUUUUCAGAACUGUUCUUGUGUCUUUCACAAAGAUGCCCUUGGAGACAGCCUGAACCUCACCAGUCCCAUUUGUUUCUAGAUAUCUCCUUAAUCAUCCACUAUAUAGUUUCCAACACACUGCGCUCCAUCUCCUGAUUGCUGCUCAGGCCUAGUGGGUGCCAUUAGGAAAAAGAUAGCCUGCUCCACAAGCACGCUGGGAUAACUCCCUGCUUAAGAGCAAGAUGAAACACCUUGGGACUCCCUCCUGCCUGCAGUGCAAGUUCCAUGGAUAAUGUAAUACCAGCCUUAAUAAAAUAAAAGUCUUGCUGCCUGACUGA